AUGGCCACCACCAUCACCGAGGAGAGCUCUCCGGUCCCGGCUACCAUAGCACCCCAGCAGCCUGACUUGGAAACUAGCGUAGAACCCGGCUCAGCAGUGAAGCCUGAGCCCAGCGAGGCCCGACGGGACAGAGAGGAAAAAGAGGAUGAGGAAGAGGAGGAAGUUGGCGGAAUCUCUGUUCAAGGGCAGGAAAAUGCAAAAGGGCAGAGUCUGGACCCGGAGUUGGUGGAGGAGAGGUUCAGGAUCGACAGGAAGAAGCUGGAGAACAUGUUGUAUGCUCCAAAGCAUGGAGAUGGUGAGACAGGAGAGGAGUUUUUUGAGAGAGUGAUGAGAGAAACUGACACUCAGGUGAGAUGGCCGUCCAAGCUGAAGAUUGGAGCCAAGUCAAAGAAAGAUCCACAUGUGAAGGUUGAAGGGAAGAGAGCCAAUGUUUUGGAAGCCAAAAAGAAGAUAUUAGAAGUGCUGGAAACCAGGGUCAACAAGGUGACUUUAAAGAUGGACGUGGCCUACACAGAGCACUCCCACGUCAUUGGUAAAGGUGGUGGAAACAUCAAAAAGGUGAUGGAGGUCACAUCGUGUCACAUCCAUUUCCCCGACUCCAACCGUCACAACGGUACGGGAGAAAAAAGCAACCAGGUCUCCAUCGCUGGACCCAUAGAUGGAGUGGAGGAAGCCCGGAGGAGGAUAAGAGACCUGCAGCCAUUGUCCUUGACCUUUGACCUCCCAGUCAGCCUUGUGCCCCAGGCUCUGCCAGAUGCAGGCUCCCCACUCAUCCAGCAGGUCGUGCAGACGUUGGGGGUCAGUGUGAGCUUCAGGGCCGUGCCACCUCAUCCUCAGGCACAACCCAACUUCUAUGAAAGCUGCUGCACCGUCUGGGGCCUGCAGGGCAACGCAGCUGCUGUCAAGAAGGCAACCUGCAUCCUGAUGGACCUGUUGCUGGGGUCAGAGGUCACAAGCGGCAUAGUGAGCAGCCAGAUGGAUGUCACCUCCCAGCAGCAUCUCUUCCUGUUGGGGCAGAACGGAGCUCACUUCCUGAGCGUCAUGCACCAGACCCAGACCCAGAUCAUCCUACCAGACCUCAGUGCUCCUCAGAGCCCUCCGUCACUGCUCAUCCAGGGCAGCCCAGACGGAGUGUGCCUGGCUCGGCAGCAGCUCAUGGACUGUCUGCCUGUGUGUUUGAUGUUUGACAUGCGCGAAGACGGGGAGGCAGAUACUUGUAAACUGGCUCAGAUGAUGCAAAACCUGGGAGUCUUCAUUAGUGUCAAGCCCAAAGUGAAACAGACCAGCAAGUCAGUGGUGGUGAAAGGUCUGGAAAGGAACAUCUCCUGUCUUUAUGAGGCCCGCCGUCUGCUACUCGGGUUGGAUUCUUGUGAGACUGCCAAGGUAACGGAGAUGACCCCUGACCCCAAGCUUGCCGACAGCGGGCUGGCCAGCUAUUGGCUCAACAUGUUGCUGCAGCAACUUCGUCUCUCCGAGCAGGGCUCCGCGCCAGCGAUCACUCCAGAGCUGCUGACUGGUAUUAAGCUCCGCCCCUCACCUCCACCAGGUCUCACCCAUCACGCUGAUGAGGGGAGGACAGGACUGAAGGGAACAGACAGCCGGCCGCUGGAGAAGAUCCUAGAAAAUGAGGACCAGUGUGGCCAAUCAGAGGAUGAGAGCUCUAAGGUUGUGGUGAUGUCAUCAUCUGAGGUGUCUGAUGCAGUCAGCAGCAUCUACAGGGUGGGACUGAUGGGGCGGAGGGGGAGUCUGCAGAGUCCUGAAAUACCCAAGGUUUUCAACCACGGCAGACGCCAUUCAACAGGGCAGGCGCUGACAUACAGAUUGCUGAACACAGAGAACGAGGGAGUGAGGAGUGAGCGAAGGAACAGCCUGAGGAGAGAUUUGGCGAUGGCUCAGGAUGUUCGCGCUGACUCAUCCACGGCUGAGGAUUAUGACUAUGAGAGGAAGAAACUGAUGGCAACCAGAGCCAUGCAGAGAACGCCUGUGGUCACAGAGGUCCAGACGCCCACUGACACCUGGAGUGGCCUCGGCUUCUCCAAGUCUAUGCCAGCCGAGGCCAUCAAGGAGCUCCGCAACAUCAGCCGACGCAGCUUCAAACCCUACAUGAGCAUCAGCCAAAGCCAGCAACAGUCAUGGGCUGCUCAGAUGGCAAAGGUGUGUAAUGCAAGCGACUGCGACAACUGGAGGGACAGACGUGGAUCCACAUAUUCAUCCCUUCCUGUCUCAUCCUCCUCCUCCUCCUCUUCCUCCUCCUCCCCCUCCUCACCCCCGAAUACUUUUACCUCUUCCACCUCCUCCUUCCCCGCAUUUGCAUCCUCAAUGAAUAGAAGCAGGAAUGACAAACCCUCCGAGAGCUUCCCGGGCAGCAGCAGCUACUUUGAAGGCGUGUGCUCAUCGAGGAGGGCGUCAACCUGCAGUCAGCGGAGCCCCUCCCCUCAAAUGAUAGACGACCUGCCUGAGCUGCUCAGCCACCUGCCUGAGCUGCUCAGCCAACUUGGCCUAAUCAAAUACAUUGACGUGUUUGAACAACAAGAGAUUGACUACCAGACAUUCCUCACUCUGUCUGAUGAGGAUCUGAAGGAAGUGGGCAUCUCCACCUUUGGAGCCAGGCGCAAGAUGUUAUUGGCAAUCUCAGACCUGAACAGGAGCAAGAGGAGGCUGUCAGAUACACCUGCAGUGAAGCCUGGCUACUUGGAGGGUGGUGCUAGCGGCCGGCUACCGCGAAUCAUGGAUCUAGAAGUUGCGGCUCAGAGUAAUGGCUGGUGA